CUUAAAAAGGACACUCGUCACGUUUUUCAUUAUUUUUUUUUUGAUUAUUAUUGAAAGAAGAAAAAAAAAAAAAUAAAAAAAAUAAAAAUAAAUGACUCUACCUUUUUUUUUUUAUUCUUUACAAAAAACUAAUUUAAAAUAAACAUCAUCAUGUCUUCUCAUGCUGCCACCACACAUAGUGCAGCUACGGGCAAUCCACCAGGUCGUCAUCAACAACAACGAGCACACUCCGUCACGGCCAUGCCCAGUGAGUUACAAAAGUCAGUGCAGAGACACCAAGAAGCAGAACAUCAGGAAAAGCUUCGUCACAACCAACCUUGGUGGCAAUAUUAUUAUCAACUGUACCAUUAUCACUUACCUCCAGGCAGAAAACCCACUGUCUUUGGCCCUUAUCUCCUUCUCCAAACACUGGGUGAAGGGGAAUUUGGUAAAGUUAAAUUCGGUAUCGAGGUCAAGACAGGCCAGGAAGUAGCCAUCAAGUUGAUCAGAAAAGAUAGUAUGGAUUCUACAUCACGUAUGACCAAAGUAGAGAGAGAAAUAUCUGUGUUACGGAUCCUGCAUCAUCCCAACAUCGUUGAAUUGUUUGAUGUAAUAGAAACAGAAAAAUACAUUGGCAUCAUAUUACAGUGCGCCACAGGAGGGGAAUUGUUUGAUUAUAUCCUCGCUCAUCGUUAUCUUAAAGAACGAGACGCUAGUCGAUUAUUUGCACAGCUGAUUAGUGGCGUACAUUACAUGCACCAGAAACACAUUGUCCAUAGAGACCUCAAGCUGGAAAAUUUGCUGUUGGAUAGACACCGCAAUGUCCUCAUCACAGAUUUUGGUUUCGCAAACCAGUUCUCUUCCUCACAGGAUGAUUUAAUGUCAACUUCUUGUGGAUCACCUUGUUACGCCGCUCCAGAACUCGUCAUGAAUCAAGGUGUCUAUGUUGGCCCUGCUGUAGAUAUUUGGUCCUGUGGUGUCAUCUUGUUUGCCAUGCUUUGUGGUUAUUUACCUUACGACGAUGAUCCAGCCAACCCAGAGUCUUACAAUAUCAAUUUACUCUACAAGUACAUUCUGAACACACCUCUCAUCUUUCCAGACUACAUAUCCGAUGAAGCUUGCGAUUUACUCAGUCUCAUGUUGGUACCCGAUCCUGAAAAGCGAUGCACCAUGGACACCAUCAUGUCUCAUUCAUGGUUAAGUCCACAUCAGCACCUGUUUACUACGUCAGAAGAACAAGUUUUACCCGACACACACAGCAACAGCAGAAAUUCUACACCCGUCUCACAAAAACCGACAGAAAGAGGGCAGGACGAAGCAGUUGUCAUGGAAGAGGACGACGACGAGGAGGCUGUUGUACCCCAAUUAUCAACACCUCUAAAAGAAGAGGUUGAAGAAAAGAUACCAGUCUUUGAAGAAGAAGCACAUGUCUCUGAGGAAGAAACACACGUGAAAGAAGCGGAUACACCCAUGCCAGAUAUCACCAUUACACCCACAGAAUCUCCCCUCACCAAUGGAGACACACCGAUGUCUGAUAAUGAUAACGACACUGUACCUGAUCUUCAGGCACCCCCUUCACCAGCACCUUCAUCACCACCACCACCAACACCAAUCACAACACCCGCAGAGGACGAAGUGGCACCUCUACCAACUCCAUCUCCAUCACCAGCAUCACCACCACCAACAGUAGCAGUAGCAACUGCUGCUGCUGCUGCUGCUGCACCAUUACCGCCAGUAGUACGACCUAAAUCCACAUCGACCGAAAAGGUUCUUCAUUUCCUUUCUGGUCAUAAUACCACGCCCAAACAACGUGUGACAACCAACCGUACGCGACACAUGUCUUUAGCGCCUGUCACAGAAGGCACCUCCAUUCUCCAACAAAAGUUCCUCUCGAGUGUCUCUACUACAGAUCCACAAAAGAAUAUGGGUGUCGUACCCAAUACCAGUGCCAGUACGCCUCAUAAAAAGAACGUUCGACUUUCUGUCAAUCCACCCGUCACAAGAGGUACUCGCAAGAAGACCCUUAGUCUACUUGUGAAUUCCAUGACGGACAAUACAAAAAUGUCGAGUAGACGUCAAAGUACAAUGACUCCACCCACCCCAGAGAUGAUGCCAUCCGUAUCAGAACAAACUGUAUCUGAUAAAGAGAAGCAUCGUAGUGCAGGUAAAAAACUCAUGGAUUGGUUCAAAAAGAAACCUCAAAGCACAGUGAAUCGAUCUUCCAAUGCAUCAGGAGAACAUGGAUGCCCUGUCCCACCUCUCCCACCUAGCAGCACAACCACCACAGCUAGCGAAACAUGCAUGGACGAUAUCAAAUUACGUACACAUCAUGGCGCUGUAGAUGGUGAAGCAUUAACCAGUCGACCACCUGCACAAAUUUUCCAACAAGUGAAACAAACCUUAAAAUCGUUAGGAUUAGAGUUCAAACGUGAUGGAGGUGAAUUCAAAUUAAAAUGUGCACGACCCAAGAAACCUGUGAAAAAGAUCCAACCUCCACCCUUUCGUAUGUUGUUACGUCGUCCCAGUGCCACAAAUACCACCAACCCUACCCCUACAACACCCAAUGAAAGUGUGGCUACCACCAUUUACGGUGAUCCUAAUGUGGAUCCUGGAGAUGAAGUGCGGUUCAGUGUUGAAUUAUGCAAGAUCAAGAACUUACCGGGACUUUAUAUUGUGGAUAUGAGAAGAAUGCGUGGUAAUGUUUGGGCUUACAAGUUUAUUUAUCGUACUUUAUUGGAUACCUUGAAUUUGGGAGGUAAAAGUGGUUACUUGAAUACCUCAGGUUUGGUAAUGACUGCUGAAGAAGAGACACAACCUAAUAAGACAUUAAGUAAUCAUCGUAUGAGUACCGCAAGUAGUGGAGCUGGAAGUAGUAGUGUCCUCUUGGAUGAUUCCACACUCGCUGCCAAACAAAGUGAUACCAUCAAACAUGAUACCUCACACGGAGAAGAAAUUACCGUCUAGAACAAAUACACACACACACACACAUAUCUCUCUCUUUUCCCCAUACCCUUUUAUCUUACUCCUCAAAAAAAAAAAAAAAAA